GAGGAUCCUAUGGGAUGGUCCCUUGAUGUGCUGGUACAAAAACUACUCUUAAAUCUCUACUGCAAAGGGUGUUUUUCUCCUGGGGACCUGGAACUCGAAAUCAGUGUUGGACAUGCAUGCUUCCAGAGGUGAUCCUGUCUUUCUCUUCCUAGCCAGCAUUGUUCCCCUGCAGUGCUGUUUCUCUAAUGCAUUGAAGCUGCUGCACUUCUGGAGAUGGAAGAAAACCGGAUAACCCUGGACAACCUUGGGAAGGGCUCAGAUAACCCAGCUUUCAGCUCCGUGGGGGAGGGCAGACUGUGUGAGGGAUGUGACGGUCCAUGUGGUGGAACCAAAGAGGAGAGGAGAGGAGAAGGGAAAGGGAGAUUUUCCUCCUACUGCAGGUUCCAUCUUCUGUGCCUCUCAAGUCUCUGGCAUGUGACUCUCCCCAGGAAGGCUGUGCAGCCGGCUUGCAAGGCAAAGCGCUUCUGCAAGGCUUAUGCCAAGGUGUUGAGAAGGGUCGUCCUGGCGUUCCUUGGAGUAGCCUACCUGUGCUACUUUAUCGCGGCCUGCUGGUUCAACUUCCAGCGAGCCCUUCCGUUGGUUGUGAUGACUGCUGUGGUUGUCUUCUUCAUCUGCUGGAGCCUCUUCAAGAAGCACUGUGGGGCAAAGGUGCUGCUGCUCCUCAGCCCCAUUUGGAAAUGCUUCAGAAAGUCCUGCCUAUGGCUGAAAUGGCUGUUAUGGGUGGCUCUCCUGGGAGGCCUGAUCAUAUGGCUGGCUUUGGACACUGCCAGAAAUCCAGAGCAACUCAUCUCACUGGCCGGCUUCUGCUUCCUGGUGCUGUUCCUGUUUGCCUGCUCCAAGCACCACAGCGCAGUGUCAUGGAGAGCUGUUUCUUGGGGUCUUGGCUUGCAGUUCAUAUUUGGACUUUUCAUCCUCCGAACAACCCCAGGCAUCCAAGCUUUCCAGUGGCUGGGUGACCAGAUCCAGUUCUUCCUAGGCUACACCACAGCUGGCUCCAGCUUUGUCUUUGGGAGCACGCUUAUUGAAGAAGUCUUCGCCUUUCAGACUCUGCCCAUUGUUGUUUUCUUCAGUUGUGUGAUGUCCAUCCUCUACUACCUUGGCAUCAUGCAGUGGCUCAUUGUCAAGAUCUCCUGGAUCCUUCAGGUCUCAAUGGGCACCACUUCCACUGAGACCCUGAGUGUGGCAGGGAACAUUUUUGUGGGACAGACCGAAGCCCCGCUGCUCAUCCGCCCAUACCUUGCAGAUAUGACCCAUUCAGAAAUCCACACUGUGAUGACUGGUGGCUUUUCUACAAUUGCAGGCAGUGUGAUGGGUGCCUACAUAUCCCUUGGGAUAGAUGCGGCAUCACUGAUAGCAGCUUCCGUGAUGGCUGCACCCUGCGCCCUUGCCAUGUCCAAACUCGUCUACCCUGAAGUGGAAGAGUCCAAGUUCAAGGGCAAAGCAAGCAUCCGCCUUGCGAAGGGAGAAGAGCAGAACAUCCUGGAAGCUGCAAGCAAUGGGGCUGCAGCCUCCGUAGGGCUCAUAGCCAACAUUGCAGCCAACCUCAUUGCUUUCUUGGCGGUGCUGGAGUUCAUCAAUGCUGCUCUGCGCUGGUUUGGCGAGAUGGUAGACAUCGAAGGGCUCUCCUUCCAGGUUAUCUGCUCCUACGUCCUCAUGCCUGUGGCCUUUCUUAUGGGGGCAGACUGGGCAGACUCUCCGCUGGUGGCUGAGCUCUUGGGGAUGAAGAUCUUCCUGAAUGAGUUUGUGGCAUACCAGCAGCUGGCCACAUACAAGAAAAAACGUCUGUCGGGUCUGGAGGAGUGGGAUGGGAGCCGGAAGCAGUGGAUAUCUGAGCGAGCCGAGAACAUCACCACCUUUGCACUCUGUGGAUUUGCCAACCUCAGCUCCAUUGGGAUCAUGCUGGGAGGUCUGGCCUCCAUGGUUCCCCAGCGCAAGGGUGAUUUGGCAUCCAUUGUGCUGCGAGCCCUACUCACUGGCACAUGUGUCUCCAUGCUCAAUGCCUGCCUGGCAGGCCUCCUUCAUGUGCCAACAGAGGUGGGUGACUGCGUGACCUUCCUCAGCACUGCCAACUUCAGCUCUACCAGCUACACCAUGUAUACCUGCUGCAAGCAGCUCUUUGCCAGCUUGGUGCUCGACAGUGGGACGGUCUCCUUCACGGGAGCCUGGGCUGGCCAGACAGAGGGCAUGCGGUGCCUGACACAGUGCUGUGGGCACUACAACCACACUACCUGCGAGGGGACAGCCUAGAAAUAUGCAAACACGGCCUGGAAACACCAGCAUCUGCAAAGUCUGGCCCCAAGCCUAAGAAGUGCCCCAUCAGAAACCUGCAAAUUUGGUCUCCUCUGCUCCAGUGAUGAUUGACAGCUGCAUGCACCCUGCAACCAGCACCCUUAGGUGCUAGCCCGCAGACACAAGGGAACUGCUCGCAAAUAAAUCACGGAAAUCCCCAUGUACUUGCCCUCAA